AUAAGACGUGCUAACGUUAAACACAACCCAAUUUUUUUGAAAGUCCGUCGUCGGCUGUCGGUUCGUACCUUUCCUUUCUCUCUCUCUCUCUCUCAAGCUCUUCCUUGGGAAGGACGAAAAACAAGAAGAACAUUGGGUACUUCAAUCUUUAGCCGUUUUGGAGAUAUUUUUCUACGUAUGUAUUUUGGUUAUAUAUAUAGCUGUCUUUAGUUGGGAGACAAGUACUUAUAGAGAGAAUUAAGAAACAGAUAGAGAGAGCUGCGAGAAAUGGCGGCGAGUGUUCGCGCGGGGAUUCUGAUAGCGGUGGCGCUGUUGCCGGCGGCUUUGGUGCUGUGCGGCUUUCCGGCGACGCUCAAUCUGGAGAGAGCCUUUCCGGUGGGCCAACGAGUUGAAUUGAGUCACCUCAGGGCUCGGGACAUGGCCAGGCAUGGAAGAAUGUUGCAGUCUUCUUCUCCCAAUGGGGUCAUCGAUUUCCCCGUCGAGGGUACCUACGAUCCGUUCCACGUUGGGCUUUAUUAUACGACAGUGCAAUUGGGUUCUCCUCCAAGAGAAUUCCAUGUCCAGAUUGAUACAGGAAGUGAUGUUCUGUGGGUCAGUUGCAGCUCCUGCACUGGUUGCCCUCAAUCUACUGGACUCAAAAUUCAGCUCAAUUUAUUUGAUCCUGGGAGCUCAUCAACAGCUUCAUUGGUCUCUUGUUCAGACCAAAGAUGCAGUCUUGGAGUUCAAUCGGCAGAUGCCAGCUGUUCUAUUCAGAACAAUCAGUGUGCAUACACAUUCCAAUAUGGAGAUGGCAGCGGGACAUCCGGCUAUUAUGUAUCUGACUUAUUGAGUUUCAACACGAUUCUUGGGGGCUCGGUGACCACGAAUUCUUCGGCUCCCAUUGUCUUCGGGUGUAGCACCACACAGACAGGAGACUUGACAAAGUCUGAUAGAGCAGUUGAUGGGAUUUUCGGAUUUGGGCAACAGGACAUGUCUGUCAUCUCACAACUUUCCUCACAGGGAGUAGCACCAAAUGUAUUCUCCCACUGCUUGAGAGGGGAUGAUGUUGGUGGAGGUAUACUGGUACUUGGGGAAAUCGUGGAGCCUAAUAUAGUUUACACUCCACUUGUCCCAUCACAGCCUCAUUAUAAUUUGAAUCUGCAGAGCAUUUCUGUCAACGGCCAAGUGUUACCCAUUGAUCCAGCAGUGUUCGCAACAUCAAGCGGCAAAGGAACCAUAAUUGAUUCCGGGACAACUUUGGCAUACCUUGCAGAAGCAGCUUACGAUCCAUUUGUCAAUGCUAUAACGAAUGCUGUUUCACAAUCUGUGCAACCUGUUGUUUCCAAGGGAAAUCAGUGUUAUUUAAUUUCCACCAGUGUCAAUGAUUUAUUUCCCCAAGUUAGUUUAAACUUCGCUGGUGGCGCAUCAUUGAAUCUAAGACCUCAGGACUACCUCUUACAGCAAAAUUCUGUUGGUAGCUCUGCAGUCUGGUGCUUUGGCUUACAGAAAAUACAGGGUCAAGGGAUAACAAUUUUAGGAGACCUUGUUCUGAAAGACAAAAUAUUUGUUUAUGAUUUGGCUGGUCAACGGAUCGGAUGGGCCGCCUAUGACUGUUCAAUGUCAGUAAAUGUCUCUACAAGUUCAAGUGGUAAGAAGGAAUAUGUCAAUCCUGGGAAUGUGAGUGAAAGCAGUUCACUACAGAAGGAGCUACUAAUAAGCAUAAUUGCUUUCCUAAUGCACAUAUCACUCCAUGGCAGCUUCUGGUUUUUGUAGCAAACAGUGUGAAAGGUCUGACUUCUGAGACUAGCAUUCUUUGCCGAUUUAUAUUUCUAACAAUCGGCAAGACCAUGAUGUGUUACUGUUAGAAUUUAGAUUGUUGCUUUGCAGCACAGUUUGCAUUAGGUUUGUUGCUGCUGAAUUUUCAUUCAUCGGCCUCGUAGAAUUACACGAUCCAUCAUUGGCGGCAUUUGUAAAUCUCAUUCUCACAGAUUAUUGGUUCCAUAGCAGAUUUGAUACAUACAAACUUUCAUGUUUCUUACUUCUGUAACACAUAUUUUUUAGGGAAAGCUUCACUUAUUCCCUUAACUAUCAUACAAUUUUGAAUAUCCCUUUUUUAAACUUUAAUAGAUAACCUUUUGUCUUC